CAAAUAUCGAAAUCCCAUCCUGGCUUUGUUAAUUCUUAUCAAAUAUCAAAAUCCCAUCCUGGCUGUGUUAAUUCUUAUCAAAUAUCAAAAUCCCAUCCUGGUUGUGUUAAUUAUUAUCAAAUAUCAAAAUACCAUCCUGGCUUUGUUAAUUCUUAUCAAAUAUCAAAAUCUCAUCCUGGCUGUGUUAAUUCUAUCAAAUAUCAAAAUCCCAUCCUGGUUGUGUUAAUUAUUAUCAAAUAUCAAAAUCCCAUCCUGGCUUUGUUAAUUCUUAUCAAAUAUCAAAAUCCCAUCCUGGCUUUGUUAAUUCUUAUCAAAUAUCAAAAUCCCAUUCUGGCCGUGUUAAUUCUUAUCAAAUAUCAAAAUCCCAUCCUGGCUUUGUUAAUUCGUAUCAAAUAUCACACGGUCAAAGCUUUUAAUGAAAAGAUAGACCAAACUUUUAUUGAAUUUUUUUUAUUAUUAUGUAUCAUUUAUUUAUCUAUUAGGGGUUGGCUUUUCGGAAUCCUGCAAAUUUAAUAAUAAUAAUAAAGUUUAUUUCAAAAACACGCUUCAUCCCCAAAGGCUCGAAGCGCGGU